AGAUCCGGCGUAUUCCCUUGCCUGCUUAAAUUUGGGUUGAGUCUCGCAGCAUCCUCAUUCAGGUGGAACUGCGAGAGACUCAGUAGUACAGAGCAGAACAGUGUUUUUGUCAAGGAAGUUUACAACCAGAAUUUCUUUUAAACUUUUUCAACUUUCAAAAGUUCUGACCAUAUAUAUAUUUUUGUGGGACAGCGUAUUUCUCUUUCGCGUUUAGGCUUUAUAAAAUAUUGUUUUCGGCCUUGGGACUAUGGCAAACUCAGGAAUACAGCUCCUUGGCUUUACGCUGGCUUUCAUAGGCUUCAUUGGGUUGAUAGCAUCCACAGCCAUGCCCGAGUGGAAAGCCUCUUCGUUCUCGGGGGACAACAUUGUGACAGCGGUAGCGAUGUACGAAGGGCUCUGGAUGUCGUGUGUUUCUCAGAGUACCGGGCAGAUACAAUGUAAAGCGUUCGACUCUCUCCUCGAGCUUCCGACGGAAACUCAAGCCACCAGAGCCCUGAUGAUCGUGGGCAUCCUCCUGUCGUUUAUCUCCAUAAUGGUGGCCAUGGUGGGCAUGCAGUGCACCACCUGCCUGGAGAACGACGCGCAGCAGAAGGCCAAAGUGGCCUUGGCCGGAGGCAUCUGCUUCAUCAUCGCAGGUCUCUCCGCUCUGGUGGCAACCUCCUGGUAUGGGAACAGAAUUACUGCUAAUUUCUACAACCCCUUCACACCAACAAAUGGCAGGUACGAGUUUGGGAAUGCCCUGUUCGUGGGCUGGGGUGCAGCCGCCCUCUCAAUUCUGGGAGGUGCCUUCCUGUGCUGUAACUGCAUGGGGGGCUCGUCGGGACCGGCACGGAACUACCCAAAGACGGCCAGCAGACCAGGGAAAGACUAUGUGUAAAGAUGAAAGGUACACUAGUGGACGUGACCACUAUUCCUAGCCCUGCAGCUGCAGCCGGAGCUCGAAGAGGGUGUCUAGUAGCAGAGUGUCUGGUCUGCUUGUUUAUAUUGUAAUGCUUUGCUUGAAGUGGGUCAAAUAAUGGCCAUAAGCCUGUCGUAAAAAUACAUAAAUGACGUGAACAGCUUAUAUCAUUUAACAAAAGGUUGGAAAGAAUGUUAUGGGAAGUACUGCAUUGUUCCAAUAAUGCCAUGAAACUAUUUGUUGUACACUAUAUGGCCAAAAGUAUCUGGACACCCCUUGGUCUGGGGCUGUUUUUCAUGGUUUUGGCUAAGCCCCUUAGUUCCAGUAAAGGCUAAUCUUAAUGCUACAGCAAACCAU